AAAUAAAAUAACAAAAAGUGUUCAACUGUAUUUAUUUUCCGAAAUUGUUUUUAAUUUGCAAUAAUUUGCGUUUUGUUUCGUUUGUUCGAUUUACAUAUAUGGUGUAAGAAAUAUAGAUCAAACAAUAACAAAUUUAAUCAAACUUGGCUAUUUAGACUGAAUUAUGUCAUUCUUUAACUACAUUUUAUCACCGCGACUCUACAAAGUGUAUCGUGAUGGUUCGAUACAGAGUCUCUACGAACCUGGUGGUUUUGAAAAAUGGGGUGAUCAGGUCAUCUCAACGCUAUCGCUAAUGUGGAACAUCAGCUAUUAUACGUCUCCAUUGAUAAUAACAUUUUUAUAUCGACGUGGCUAUUUUGUAGCUGAAUCGAUAUCAUCAUUUGCUAAAGUUUCAACUGGAAUUGGUUUAUUGGUCGUGAUAUCACUUUGUGUGCGAAGUUUUGGUCGUUCGUCAUCAGCAAGCUAUCGGAAUUUCGUAAAAGCUUUGGAACAAGCCAAAUCAAGUGUGACCAGUACCAACUUGAAAGAUAAACUUCGAUUGUAUGAUUUUGAAUUCAAAGAGUGGCCAGUUGAUUUUGAUGUGAAAGAUGUGAAUGGUGAUCAAAGUAAGCGUCAUGUUGCUUUGAGCGCAAGUCGAUCGAAACCAUUUUGGAUUUCAACGCUUCCAUGUGAAAUUGUAGCUUACAUUGCAAUUCAUACAUUCGGCAUACGAAUGAUAUACCCCGGUUCAAUUCGAUUGCUGCAAAGUUUUCUACAUCCAAUAUUGGUGCAAGGACGCGCUAAAUUGGUUGAAGAAGAGUCUGGCAAACGUAACAAAUUGAGAACCAUUGAUGGAAAUGAUAUUGAUACAAUAUUUAUUGAUCGUCGAUCAAGUGUUAGUGAAAAGAAUAGCAAUGGUCGAACAUUAGUCGUUUGCUCCGAGGGAAAUGCUGGUUUCUAUGAAAUUGGCAUAAUGACCACACCGCUUGCUAUGAAGUAUUCAGUUUUGGGAUGGAAUCAUCCUGGUUUUGGCGGUAGCACGGGAUUACCAUAUCCACAACAAGAUCAAAAUGCAAUGGAUGCUGUUAUGCAAUUUGCAAUUCAUAAACUGGGCUUUCAAACAGAAGAUAUUAUUCUAUUUGGUUGGAGUAUUGGUGGCUAUUCUUCACUUGUUGCAGCUGCACAAUAUCCAGAUAUCAAAGGAGUUAUUCUCGAUGCAACUUUUGAUGAUGUACUACAAUUGGCAAUACCUCGUAUGCCAAGCAGUAUAUCAGGCAUUGUUCGAAUUGCAAUCAGAGAUUAUGCCAAUCUCAAUAACAUCGAUUUGAUCAACCAAUACAAUGGUCCAGUCCUAAUGAUUCGUCGCACCGAAGACGAAAUCAUUGCCGAAGACAAUGAGAUCGAAACAAAUCGCGGAAAUGGCUUACUUAUUCAUCUAUUGAAAAUACGGUUUCCGAAAAUUUUCCAAACCGAACAAAUAGAACGAAUAACAAAAAUGUUAUCUCAACCACUCGAUAAAACAAAAGACUUGACAGGCGGACAUGAAUUGAUGCAUUCGCUUCUGUUGUCGUAUGUGUCUGAAAAUUCAAAGCAAUAUCCGUUGGAUAUCGGUGAGGAAUAUACAUCGGAACAGCGCAAUCAGAUGGCAGAGUAUUUGGUUCGAAAGCAUUUAAUCGAUUUUAAGUCAACUCACUGCACACCGCUGCCAACGGAACAUUUCCGUAUACCAUGGGACGUGCCCAGCAUUGAAAAUGACUUUAUCUUCACGUAAAAUACAUUUAAAUAUGCAUUUAAAAUUAUUUAAGAAGUAUGUUCGGUAAAACUUAUGUAACCAGAUCAUUUUUUCAUUCUAAAAAGGCAAAACACUUUUUUUCUUCAAUAAUUCAAAUGAUUGAAAUUAAAAUGGCAUAAUAUUUACAAAUAAAUAUGCAUCUUGAAUUGACUCUUUCAAAUA